UUGACAUACUUGCUACGUCAGUGGUUGUAGGGACACCAUGGUCUAGUGGUCAAAUCAAAAUAUGACGAGAUUAGUACACCGUUUGGUGGUGGGGGCGUGUCUUGCUGUUGUCUUGAGUGACAGUUUGCUCCAGGCGUUCACCCUGAGGCAGUCGCCCAACAAAAUUGUGACAGGCCUUACGAAAAAUGUCACAGUCGAAUGCUCCCUUCACACGGGGGAUAACUCCGAAAUUGCCAAGGUGAAUUGGAUACGAAUCUUGAAAAAAUCUGGGCAAGCUUGGACGGCAUAUGCCGAGUUGAGGGACGUGGACUCGUGUGUUGUUACUAGCGAGGCGACGGAGCAGACGAAUGUUGGCGUCAGUGGUUACGUGGGGGCGGCCAGCGAGUCGUUUCUUAAAAUCUCGUGGGAGUUCGCGACGGACGAGAUUUUAGGAAGUUAUCGAUGUGAUGUGGUUGGCCUUAGUAAAAAUCAAGAUUUGGUCGUUGUAAAAACUCCCCUAAUCGCACUAGGCGUUGGGGAGAUGUCGGCCAACCAGGUUUUUUAUCACCUAAAAGACGCACAAGACAGUCUCGAACAGCGUCUGAGGUGGCUGGAACAAAACAUCGGGAAGGAUUUUACGACCGUGCUGAAUAAAAUUUCGGAGCUGUUUUUUAUCAUGAAGUCGGUGGACACGAGUCAGGAGACUCUCCUUGAGGUGGUGAACGGUCUACAGGCCAAGCAGGUCCAGUGCGAUAGUCCUGACCUCAAGCGUAAAGACCAGGACAGCUUGAACGUCACCAGCUUCGAUCUGGAUAUGUUUGAGAUCACAGAGGGCGUGGUUGAAGCGCCCGUACGGAGGCCGGUUUUAAGGACGGAUUUAAAUGUACAGGAAGACCCGUCGAACGUGACGUCUGCUAAACUUGACGGCUGGCCUGGGGGGAGUUUUGCUUUGUUGAUGCCUCGAUCUGGAUGCCCCGGAAACACGAGUGAGGUCACGUGGUUUGAAGGUCAUUACAAACACCGCGAACCCAACCAAGAAAAAAGUCUGAAGUCUGAGGUGUCUGAUAUAUUUUCAAUUAAAGAAGAUUCGGUAAUUUUUUUCAACCUAAACUUUUGCGUGGCGUCGGAUAAUGAAGCAGAAAAAGCAUGGCCGCAAGGAUCGUACUGCAUCAACCGCAACAACGGUACCUGUCCGGAUGGGUUCACUUCCGGUUACGUCAAAUUUCACCACAACUCCACCCAGGCGACCGCCUCGCACGACCCGGAUGUAGAAAUAAAAGAGGGCAGCACGUACAUCCACUACUGUUGCCGUGGUGACGCGGCUCACGACGCCGCCAUUCACCUCCCCCAUGACGCCCCGUUCUAUUUAUAUCGCUAUGGCGGGAAAUGUCAAACGGUGCAUAACAUACGGGUCGUGGAAGAAGAAUUGACCGUCGACACUGAAGACGACAACAACAGCGAUUCGUAUGAAAACAAUUCCCACCCCGACGGUAAACUAAAUGACGUUUCCAUUCGCGUCUGCUAUUAUUCAAACUAAUACAUCCAACAUGGCGGGAUAAAUUAAAUGAUGUUUUCACUCAUUUCAAGCUGUCGUAUUCUGUCGAAAAUGUAAAUGUUUAAUGAACGUUUGCCAUUAUUUUAAAUGCCACUAUUUUUCUUUUUAAAAAGACACCUUCAACCUCGUUGUCUAAGAAUUAAACAUUGUUACUCAACAUUGUUGAGGCUAACACAAUACGAAAG